GCCAAAAUAGAACUCCCAUAAGUCUACGCUUUGCCUUGUAUCCCCUCUCCCCCAAUUGCCGUUAAAUUUUCCCUCACCGCAGACAGCUCAGGGAAAAUAUAUACAUACGAUCUGUACACCUAUACAUACAAGAGAGGAGCAAAAGAUGAGGCCACCGAAGAGGCCGAUCCACGCGGUUUCGACAUGGGUUCGGCGGCAGCCGCCGAAAGUGAAGGCGUUUCUGGCGGUGGUCAGCGGCAUGGCAGCGCUGGUGCUUCUCCGUGUUAUUGUUCACGAUCAUGACAACCUUUUUGUUGCCGGCGAGGCCGUUCACUCCAUCGGAAUUUCGGUUCUUAUUUACAAGCUCAUGAAGGAAAAAACCUGCGCUGGGCUUUCACUCAAAUCCCAGGAGUUAACAGCAUUGUUUUUGGCCGUUAGAUUGUAUUGCAGUUUUGUCAUGGAAUAUGAUAUACACACGUUGCUUGACUUGUCUACUUUGGCUACAACCUUGUGGGUGAUGUAUAUGAUUCGUUUUAAACUGAGAUCCAGUUACAUGGAGGAUAAAGACAAUUUUGCUUGGUAUUAUGUGGUGGUACCUUGUGCUGGUUUAGCUUUGCUAAUUCAUCCAUCUACAUCACAUCACUUUAUCAACAGAAUUGCCUGGGCUUUCUGUGUUUACCUGGAAGCUGUUUCCGUGCUACCACAAUUGCGUGUCAUGCAAAACACAAAGAUUGUUGAACCAUUUACAGCUCAUUAUGUAUUCGCAUUGGGUGUUGCAAGGUUCUUGAGCUGCGCUCAUUGGGUUCUCCAGGUUUUGGACAGUCGUGGUCAUCUGCUUGUAGCAUUGGGUUAUGGUCUGUGGCCGUCGAUGGUUCUUAUAUCAGAAAUUGUUCAAACCUUCAUCCUUGCAGACUUUUGUUACUACUAUGUGAAAAGUGUUUUUGGAGGACAGCUUGUGUUACGCCUUCCUUCUGGAGUGGUGUAAUUAAUGGUCGUUUGAGUUUUCCUUUGUAAGUUAUUUUUUGCACACCACACAGCUUGUCCUGGUCACUGGUUCUUCAUCGUAAAAAUUGGUGGAUGGAAUGUGGAAAGAUGGCAAAUACAAGAAACUCGGGUUUUUAAGUCAACCAGUUGAUUUGCUAGAAAUUAGAUUGGCUGGGUUGUAUGAGUUAUUUGUUCAAUUUAGUGGAUUUGGGAUGUGAUUCCAUGGACUUAUGUAUGCACAUGAACUUUAAAUCAAGGUUCAUCGUACUUUGUUUCUACUUCCGUGUGGUUAAUCCAACAUUUUCCCUGGUUUUA